UGUUUACAAUUAGAGAGCAUGGAUUUAUUGACGGAAGAUGAGCUAACACUGUAAGGAAUCGAAGCCUCAUUUCCUGGAAAUACAGAGCUGGACGGCAGCCAACCCUCAAACGGGCCCCCACGGAGAAGACGUGGAGACGUGAGCUCCCAAUUCAGGCUUCCAGCGGAUGCGUAUUGAACCCCUCGGACCGGAAGCUGAGAUCAUGGAUUACUUUCUCAUUGCUCUCAAGGAGUGAACAUCAGAAUCGGCCUGUGAUGGGAAACGCUGCUGCACGCAGACAGUAAAGAUGACACCCAGUCCUAGAUGUGUUUGCUGAGCACUGAGGACGCUCCCACAAAGUAAGGAAGCUGCAGAAUCUCCUGAGAACCCAGAGAGGGCUCAGGCAAGGCUGGAAAUAUGGUAGCAGGAGGAAAAGCAAGAAAGCAGAGACCAAGAGAGAGGCUGAAGCACAUUAACGCUGACCACUGGAGAGACCAUCCUUCCUCAGCUGUGAAACAGUUGACCCUUGGCCAAUCGCUCAUGAUUUGGAGAAAUAAGUGGAACUCUACCCAGGGGACCCUAAAUGUAAAACUGCAAUCUGAUAAAUUACAAGACAGCUGUGGCCCAGAUUAUUCUUCAUCAGCAUGGUUACCUGGUAAUGAAUCAUUGUGGCAGGCCACAACUGUUCCAUCUAACCAACGAAAUAACCAUAUCAGGAGACAUAGUAUAGCUUCUGACAGUGGUGACACUGGCAUUGGAACUUCCUGUUCUGACAGUGUGGAAGAUCAUUCAACUUCAAGUGGCACAUUAUCUUUUAAGCCUAGUCGAUCAUUGGUUACUCUUCCUACUGCCCAUGUCAUGCCAUCUAACUCCAGCGCUUCAGUUUCCAAACAUAGGGAAUCAUUGACAUCAGAUGGCUCAAAAUGGAGUAUAAGCCUUAUGCAAACAUUGGGAAACCACAGUAGGGGGGAGCAGGACUCUUCACUAGACAUGAAGGACUUCCGGCCUCUCCGGAAAUGGUCAUCUUUAUCCAAACUCACUGUCCCAGGUAACUGCAGCCAGGGUGGCAUUGUGCACACAGAACAGUCAAGGAGAGGUUUAGAAAAGACAGGGAGAGACAAGGCUUUAACAUCACAACUAAGGACACUUGGACCUAGCUGUUUACAUGACAGUAUGGAGAUGCUUAAGCUAGAGGACAAGGAAAUAAAUAAAACACGACCAUCAACUCUGGACAACAAAUAUAAAUUUGAGAGCUGCAGCAAAGAGGACUUUAGAGCUUCUUCCUCCAUUCCUAGGAGACAGGCCUUAGACAUGACAUAUAGUGCCUUACCUGAAAGCAAGCCCAUUAUGACAAGCUCAGAGGCUUUUGAACCGCCGAAAUAUUUAAUGCUUGGUCAACAAGCAGUAGGUGGAGUUCCCAUUCAGCCUUCUGUGAGGACGCAGAUGUGGCUUACUGAGCAGUUGCGGACAAACCCUUUGGAAGGUAGAACUACAGAGGACUCUCACAGUUUAGCUCCUUGGCAGCAGCAGCAAAUUGAAGGGUUUCGACAAGAAAGUGAAACACCAAUGCAGGUUUUGACUGGAUCAUCUCAUCAAAGUUAUUCACCUCCUGGCUAUCAAGAUUUCAGUAAGUGGGAAUCAGUGCUGAAAAUAAAAGAAGGACUACUAAGGCAGAAAGAAAUUGUAAUUGAUCGGCAGAAGCAACAAAUUACCCAUCUGCAUGAAAGAAUAAGGGAUAAUGAAUUACGAGCACAACAUGCCAUGUUAGGACAUUACGUAAAUUGUGAGGAUUCUUAUGUGGCUAGUUUGCAGCCACAAUAUGAGAAUACUUCCAUCCAGACUCCAUUUUCAGACCAGUCAACAUCCCAUUCCCAGCAAGAGGAACUUGAGCAAAAGCUUGCAUCUACUGAGAAAGAGGUUUUACAGCUCAAUCAGUUUCUAAAGCAAAGAAUAAGCCAAUUUAGUGAAGAGAAGAAGAAACUGGAGGAAAAGCUUAAAACCAGAGAUAGAUACAUCAGUAGCCUGAAAAAGAAAUGCCAGAAGGAAUCUGAACAGAAUAAAGAAAAGCAGAGAAGAAUUGAGACCUUAGAAAAGUAUCUGGCUGAUCUUCCAACUCUUGAUGAUGUACAGAGUCAGAGUCUACAGCUGCAAGUUCUAGAAGAAAAAAACAAGAAUUUGCAAGAGACUUUGGUAGAAAUGGAAAAAAGGCUUGAAGAGUUCAAAAAACAGUGUCAAGAAAAUGAGGCACAGCUAAUAUGCCAGAAAAAGAAAGAAAAGGAGUUGGUAACUACAGUUCAGAGUUUGCAGCAAAAAGUAGAAAGAUGCCUUGAAGAUGGAAUUCGCCUUCCCAUGUUAGAUGCAAAACAGCUUCAGAAUGAAAAUGAUAACCUGAGAGAACAAAAUGAGAAUGCUAGUAAGAUAAUAGACAGCCAACAAGAUGAGAUUGACAAAAUGAUUCUAGAAAUUCAGUCUAUGCAAGGGAAACUUUCUAAAGAAAAAUUGACUACUCAGAAGAUGAUGGAAGAGCUGGAAAAGAAAGAAAGAAACCUUCAGAGAUUAAGAACAUUGCUUGAUAACCAAAGACAAACAGAAGAGACCUGCUCUUUAUUGGAUCAGGGCCAGGAAGCAGACCAAUCCAGGCCGCAGACCGUUCUUUCCAAAAGGCCACUAUUUGAUUUGAGUGUGAUUGAUCAGCUGUUCAAGGAAAUGUCCUAUUGUUUGUUUGACUUGAAAGCAUUGUGUAGUAUUCUUAAUCAGCGUGCUCAGGGCAAAGAGCCUAAUCUUUCAUUAUUACUGGGAAUCAGAUCAAUGAACUGUUCAGCUGAAGAGACUGAGAAUGACCACAGCCCAGAAACACUCACUAAAAAACUGUCAGAUGUAUGCCAGUUACGGAGGGACAUAGAUGAAUUACGGACCACGAUAUCAGACCGCUAUGCUCAGGACAUGGGAGACAACUGUGUAACCCAGUGACCAGUGUUGGUCCCACAGCAAUAACGACCCAUUGUUACAUGCUGCUGUGCUAGGUUCUUCACAUUUCUUUUCAGGAGCCAUGAUAGAAACUUGCAAGUGACAUACGACUUGCACAUAGGUUUUUUUUUUCUGUGGAUUUGUUCUGUUGGGGAGGAAUUGGGAUGUGAGGAAGUAUCGAAGGGGCUUAUCUAAUCAGGCAAAAAAAUUAAAUUACCAUUUGAAAAAUAUGAUAAAAUGUAUAAGAAAAAAAUUUCUGUAUUCUCAAACUACUGAUUGUAGGACCAAGCUGUGAAGAGUGCCCUUCAGAUAAAGGGAUAGGAUUUCUUUUAAUCCUGUAGUGUGUGUGUGUGUGUGUGUGUGUGUGUGUGUGUGUGUGUUCACAAAAUUAUAAAGAUUUCUAGGAUCAAAGCAAAGCUUCUAAGAAAGGCACACACUGUAUUCUUGUGCUGCUUUUUUUUUCAUGGAGAAGCUUGUGUUGUACUUGGGGUUUUCAAGGGCUGGCUGAACAAGAGUUCCCACAGCAGGCAAGUGUUCAAAAAGUAGUACAGCAGGCGAAACCAUCUGUGUUUGAACAAUCCCUGUGCUGAGAUGGUGAGGUUGUAGGGUUGGGUUGAUUUUAGUACUGUAGAUAGGUCAGCUGUUUUUCCAGAGUGUUGUGAAUUGCCUAAGAGAUGUGAAAUAUUGAUGUGAUGAUUUUCCUGUUAGCAUUGUAAUGUAUGUAUUACAAGACAAUUUAACAUAAUCUGAACUAAUUUUAACAUGUCCCUUACUAUUUACAACUUUUUGUUUAUAUAUUAUAUCUAUCUAUAUAUAUCUAUCUAUCUAUAUAUAUAUAUAUAUAUAUCAAUGUAAACAAAGCCAUAUAUAAUUAAUGCAAACCUAAGGCCUCAGAUCAUUAUUGUAAAAGAAAGAUUAACAAAGUGACUCUGGAACAAUAGCUUAUUUAUCCAAAUCUCAAAUGUUUACAUUUUAACAGUUUUGUAUCUGUUUUAAAGUUGAAACUACUUUAAGAAAAAAAUCAACCUGUAUUCUUUAUAUCUGAAUUAUCACUAGCAUAAAACAAAAUCUAAACCCAGGUGAUAAUUGCAAUUCCUUUUGUUAGGUAAAGUACAUUAAAAACAGGGUUCUUCAUAGAAUACAAAUUUGGCCAGGUUAGUUCUUCUUCUAGGGUACAGGCUAUCACUAUGAAAUGCAACUGACUUUUUUGUAGACAUAUAAUCAUUUAAACUUCCAAAUGAGUAUUUCCCUGUUUUAAUUGGUAUUUUGGAAGGACUAUAUAUUUCAUUGCCUUCAGAGCAUUUAAAUGUACGUUCUUUUUAGUGUACUUAGUUAUGGCAAUCAUUGUCCUUUACAAGUUGUUUUGAUUUAUCUCUUGAUGCAACCCCAGGUCUCAUUUAGGUCAAGACUAACAGGUAGAAGGAAUGAGGGAUGUUAAUCAAGCAGGAGAAUAUUGUUUGAGGCAAGAGCAGAUCACAUGUCUGUUUUCUUGCCGGGCUUAUAUACUGGUAUAAAGGCUGCUCCUAGAAAAAUACGUUCCUAAAUGUUUUCAGCAGUGAAAACAUAUUUGGGAUAAGGCCUUCAAGGAAACUACCCAGGAAGACAUUCAGUUCAGAAAUUGGCUUAUAUACAGCUCUCAAUAGUUAUUUUAUAGUUAUAUUUCAACAAUCAGUUAUAAUACAUUGUAAGGACGUCAGACUUUCCUUCCGUUCAGUGCCUGAGUCCUCCCUGCCCUUUUAAGUCUUUAGGAUCUGGGCACUAAGAAAUCAGUGCAUUGUAGUGAUUCUGCAUCCCAAGGUCCCUAACCUAAUAAGGAAGGACUUAGUCACUAGCAAGAAUUUGGCUUUCUCAUGUGUUCUUUUGUUUUUGAAUGUUGGUGGUUUGAAGACAAUCAGGGAGUAGUAAAUUUGUACCAAAAAUCUGAUGCAAAGAAUUCUGCCUUAUAAAAAUUAAGAUCUGUAAAAAUGGCCCUUUACAGUAAUGUAGGUAAUAGCAUCUGAAAUAGAUAAGCCACAAGUGUAGCACACAACACUUUUACAACCUCUUUGAAUAGAAUCCCCUCCCCCACACCCCCAGCCUCCAUAAUUUUGAAAGUAAAGGUACCCUAAAAUGAUAGUGGUAAUGGGCAAAUAAUCACUGAUUUGGGUCACUAGGUUCUUAAAUUUAUAUGUUUGGGGGUUUUAUGGUUAAACAAACUUUUGAUCGUUUGUUUUGAUCACUGUAGAUACUUUGUUUUCUGGCUUAGUUGGGAUUAAGUAAUUUAUAUUUUUAAAAAAUAAGUUAGCUUUCUAAAACUUACAGAAUUUGACUUAGUUCACAUAUCUUGAGGUUAAAACAAAUUUAACCUAGUAGAAAACUAACUAACUACUGCUGAUGUAUUUCAGUUCCCAAAAUGUAUACUCCACAUAAAAAGGGGAUUUAAGAUGUGAUAGUGUAAGUAUAACCUUGAAGUAUAGAAUGUAAUCUCUCGGAGUCUGGGUUUUGUAAAGGGGCCUAGAUAAUAAGUAGACAGACUUGGAGGGAAUUUGGGGGGAAAUAAAACUAGUAGUAGUCUAAUUUGUCAGUAUUUAAUUUUGAUUUUUAUUUUUCAGAAAAUUCCCCUUUCCCAAGACAACCUUUUGUGUUAGAAUAGUAAGAAUAUCAGUAUCUCAUUAAAAACAAAGAUUUUACUGUUAGGCUAGGUAUGAUGGGCAAAUAGAAGCACUAUAGCAUCUUGUCCUAGUUUGAACUAGGAUAUUCUUGGAAGUUAUUACAGUGAUUGUAUGUCUGAGGUGAAAAUUAACCUAAGUUUUAAAGUAAAUCUAUUUGAAAUUUUGCUUAAGUAUUGACUAGGUAAGCCAUGCCUGAAUUAAAAAAUAAUAAUAAUAAGUGUGACCACUUUUUGUAUUUGAAAUAGGAUUCAGUAUUUAAUGUUAACAGUAUUUUAUUUUAGUGAAAUUUGUUUUUUGGUCAUGACAAUUUAUUAAACUGAAUUAGACUUCUUCCAGUAGCCUGUUAGAGACAAUCUCAAGAGCCGGAAAGUGUUGCUAAAAUGGAUAUUGUACAUUUCUGACUCACUAAUGAGUUUAUAAAUUAAUUCUGUCAUAGUUCAAGACUUAUUAAUAGGAUUCUCUUAGAGGGCAUUUUUAAAGGAGCUGCUUUAUUGGGAAAAUGUUCUUUCAGUAUCACUAAUAGUUUAUUGAAUGAUACAGUAGCUGAGAACUUGGACUAUAUUUUUACAUCACACAGUUCAGCUCAGGCACAUCUUCAGUUUGGAUUAUUGGCAUUCUCUUAUGCAGCUUUCUAUCACUGUAGAUAUGUAAUUACAGAAAUAAGCAAUUCUCAUAACCAUGCUCACUCAGACUGUGUCAUUUGAAACUGCCAGUAGCUAGAGCUCUCAGAGCCAAAGUUAAUUCAUUUUGUUUCCAUUUUUGACAGUUUUUUUUCCAGUGUUCACAAAACAUAAAAUUUCUAGCUUCACCCCAAAAUGUCAUGGUGGAAAUUGCUGCAUGAUAAUGUUCUACAUUUAAUCAUGAAGAGGGAAAGGUUUUGGAUAUUUGGAUUUUUUCUUAUUUAAAAGAAGUAUUGAGUAUAUAAAGAAUGUAGUUUCAAAUCAAUAAGUCAUUAACAACACUACUACAGCUGCAUACAGAGAGAACCUUUUGUGCCUUUUUGCCUGCAGUAAGCAUUCAUUUCUAUUUUACAUGAGCUGUAAGAAUGUUGAUGAUUAUUGCACCUUGUUCUUCUGUAAAUAGACUUGAUUAGGAUUUUUUUUUUCCUUUUUUUUAAAGCAAGGAGCAGUUUUUCGUUACUAGGUAGAUACCUUAGUAAACAUGAGGGGAGGUAUCAGAUAUAUGUCUUUGGAGCCCAGCCUUUUCCCUGUUUAGUGAGCAGGAAACUCCUUUGGAGUAUAGUCAUUUGUGUGUAUAUGUGUACAUAUAUGUAUAAAUAGUUAUUUAAAUAUGUAAACAUAAAAUUCAGCAUCACAUUGGUGUGAUGACAAGAAGUAGUAAGGUGCUAGGUGGUUACAUUAAAAGCACAGCAGAGUGUAUAAUCAGUCACUAUGACUGGUGGUUUUUGUAAACUAGGUUCAGUUUUUGAACCACCCAGAAUACCUCAUGUGUAAAUACAACGGUCAUGACUUAAUUGAAAUACAGUUAUUGUAAAAAGAAUGUGAAGCCACUGGUUGGCUUACGCCUUCUGAUCUAUCAUCCUUGCCUCUUUUUUGGUAAAGGGGUUGUUUUUUUGUUUUUGCUUUUUAAUAGGGUUUACAGCUAGAAUUUUGAAUGCCAAAGUUCUAUUUAUUAAAUAAAAAAAGUUUUCAAUGUUAAUGGCUAAGUAUUUUUCCAC